UUGAGAUUAGAGGUGAGCCCCUUCCUCGUAGAGUCCCUUCAGAGUUUUGAAGUAUUGUAGAUCUAAGCUACCUCUUCCAUUAUCCUCUUAAAUUUUUCUCCUCUUAAAUAUUACAAGCAUAAAUGGAUAUGGAGGGGAUUCGCCAGGCUGCUGUAGCUUAUUAUGAACAUCUGCCUGAGGAGAAGAAGAAAUCGGCCGAGGACACUUUCAAAGCCAUGGAUAAGAACGGAGACGGGAAAAUUAGCCUACGUGAAUACCUGGGCUAUCUCGCGAGCUCUAACAACGCAGUUUUUACUCAUCCGAACAUCUUUAGCGCUCUGGACAAGGACAACAAUGGAAACUUGGAUUUUGAGGAAACAAAGGUCUUGUACUACAUCUUGUUUAGCGGUAGAGCUCUACUUUGCAAGUGUUGUGGUACGUUCUUGGCAGACGUGUACUUCAGCUGCUUUCAAUGUUUCUGUCUUGAUGAGUCAGCUAGCACCUAUGAUCUUUGUUGUGAUUGUUUUGGUGGAAAAAAGUUCAGACACCUCGAUGGGCACAUCUUCUGGGAUAACUAUACUUUACUAAGUAAAAGCAGGAGCUUGGCACUAAAAGCUCCCGAACAGAAGCGAAGAGAAGUGCUUGAAAAAAUUAAAACGAUAGUGGAAGUUACAGGCUUAGUUGUUGGUGUUGCUGCUAUUGCAUCAUCUUGUGGCUGCAGCAUUAUGUGAAGGAACAAAUGAUGCAUUUUAUUAUCACUAUGUUUUAAUUUUAUUAGGAUUUUGUAAGGGGUGAAACUUGAACCGCUUGCCCAUGGAAGACUAUUAUUAAUGAAGUAACGAAAAACUUCAAACUAGAUUGAGCUUUUCAUGGGGAGCGAUCUUCAGCUAGUAAAGGGACUGACUUCAGCACUGGUCCACAAGCUCUUCAUUUAAAACAGAGCAAAGAAUGUUGGAGAGUGUUGAAUUGUUAUUUGUGAUUUUUUAAAUUAUUGUAUGGUUACUUGUAUUGUUCAA